GGCAAUCAAUACCUUACUGUUAGACGAUAGACAACUACUGCUCCAGAUGUAUCCCCGGAAUAAGCUCACUAAGUUUGGCCCAUUACAUAUGGACAAGAAGAAGGCAAAACAGAUGUCCAAAUAUGACAAUGAAGUGGAAAAAACUUUGUUUAGUCAAUCUUACCAUUCUCAGCUGUAG